AUGUCAUCAUGGUUCUCCGACAUAGCAGGCUCUCAUAGAUUUCAGCUGGGCCUCACAGCUGUGAUAUCGGGAUGUAUCGCAGCCAGUGCGGUAAUCGGUCUGCAAGAAGCGAAAAAGAGAUACAAUGUCUUUGAUCUGAAGGAGUCGAUACCAGAUCCGGAAUCACCUCACGAUGUCAAGAAGAUAAACGAUUUUGGUGGCGCGGCGCCUGAAGAGAUUGUAGGGAAUCGAGACGAUGAGAGGAGUGCAGCGUUGGCGAGGAGAGCGAGACUUGGUGACUACGAUGAAGACCUCAUCCUCGAACAACUCGCACGCAAUCGAGUCUUUCUUACCGACGAAGGCCUGAAGAAACUUCGCAACGCCUUCGUAAUCGUCGUAGGCUGUGGCGGUGUGGGAUCUCAUGCAACAGCAGCUCUGGCAAGAUCAGGAUGCGGUCGACUUCGACUGAUCGACUUCGACCAAGUGACUCUUAGCUCGUUGAACAGACAUGCCGUGGCGACUCUCGCGGAUGUGGGCACACCCAAGGUCCACUGCUUGUCAAAACGUCUGGAACAAAUCGUACCUUGGACGCACUUCGACUGCAGGAACCAGCUCUUCAGCGAGGAUGCAGCUGCAGAACAGCUCGCUCCUUGGAAAGACGGCCAGAGGCCAACGUUUGUGAUUGAUGCGAUUGACAAUAUCGAAUCGAAGGUAGCGUUGCUUCACUUCUGUCACAAGAACUCAAUACCGGUCAUAUGCUCGAUGGGAGCAGGGUGCAAGUCAGAUCCCACGCGAGUCUUCGUCGGUGACAUAUCAGCAUCGACAGACGAUCCCCUAUCUCGCAGCACCAGACGAAAACUGCGAUUACUCGGCGUCAAAGACGGCAUCCCGGUAGUCUACUCUUCCGAGAAGACAGGCCCUGGCAAAGCACAGCUACUUCCACUACCCGAAGACGAGUUCAAGAAAGGUUCAGUCGGCGAGUUAGGAGUCCUACCAGAUUUCCGCGUCCGAAUCCUGCCAGUCCUAGGAACGAUGCCAGCCGUCUUCGGCUUGUGCGUCGCCAACCACGUCAUGCUCGAGAUCUCAGGCUACCCGCACGACUAUCUCCCCAGCAAAGCCCGAGAGAAGAUGUACGAGGGCAUCCUCGCUCAACUCCAAGGCCUCGAAGAGCGCGUGGCGAAACACAACGGCCUCGACCCAGUCGGCCUCCGCAUGCCUGUCAACGCAGACGACGUCGGCUACCUGGUCGAAGAAGUCUUCCGCGGCCGAAGCGUCGUCUCCGGACUCGCGAGCAGACUCGCCCUCACGAGAUGGCGAAAACCCUCAGGCGACUGGAUCGAUACCAGGACCCCCGGCCAAAAAGCCGACAAGCUCCAAUUCGACGACCUGGUCUGCAUGACCAAAGACGAAAUGCUCCAGCACGAACAGAUGAUCCUCAAAGAAGGCCGGCAGCCUGAGGAUGUGUACGGAAGGGAGAUAUUGACUUUAGUGGCCAAGCGACAGGAAGAGGAACGCAACUUCCGCUCGCAGCGGUAG